GAGAUCGGCUCGGCUCGAUCCCGGCUCCGCUAUGGAGGCGCUGCGGGCGGCGGGGCGUGCCGUGCUGCGGAGCCCGCGCCUCGCCCGGCACGGUCUGGGUCUCCGCCGGCGGCGCAAGCUGCCUGAGAGCUGGGCCGAUAUGCAGGAGCCACUGCUUGAGGGGAUGUGCUUCACCCUCAAGUAUCUGGGCAUGACACUGGUAGAAAAACCAAAAGGAGAAGACAUGGCUGCUGCUGCCAUCCGCAGGAUCGUGGCCACGGCACGGGUUGGAGCUCGCAAGUUUCAGAAGGUGAUUCUGACAGUGUCUCCAAGGGGCAUCUCACUGCAGGAUGCAGACACUAAGGAGAUGGUGGAAAACAUCUCCAUCUACAGGAUCUCCUACUGCACGACAGACAAGCUGCAAAACAAAGUCUUUGCUUACGUUGCCCAGAGCCAGGAGAGCGGGGCACUGGAGUGCCAUGCCUUCCUCUCACCCAAGAAGAAGAUUGCCCAGGCUGUGACUCUGACUGUGGCUCAGGCCUUUCAGAUGGCACUGGAUCUCUGGGAAGCGGCACAUGCAGGUAGGAGGGAUUUCUCAGAUGUAUCUCACUGCAUAGUUCUGGAAUCAGUGUCUCUCUGGUGAAACACACCAGGCAGGGAGAAUGUUUUGUCCCUAUAGUUGU